AUGUCCUCUAUCAUGGAGAGAAAGGAAUAUAGAGUAUCGUUAGUUGAACAAUUACAAGGUAUGAAAGAAGCAGAAGAUAUUUGUAAUGCAACAAUACAAAAACACGGCCCAACUACAGACCUACUAUGUCCUCCUGUGUGGGAUCAUAUAAUGUGUUGGAGGUCUGCAAAAGCAGGGACAACCGUGUCAGCUCCGUGCCCUAGUUAUAUAGACAGAUUCCUCGUCAAUGGUGUUGCGAAAAGGACAUGCACGAUUGAUGGUACGUGGUACAUAAAUCCACAUACGAACAGCACAUGGACAAACUUCACUUAUUGUAUGGAAAGUGAAAAUAGUCGAAACUUAUUAAAAAAAAAUCUAAAUCAUAUACAGACUAUUUCUUUGGCAGGCUAUACGCUUUCUAUCGUAUCCCUUAUUAUUGCGGUGAUCAUGCUUCUAAGACACAGACACAGCAUAGGCUCUAAUCGACCGCGGUCGAAGAUAACCACUCUACAUUUAAACUUGUUCAUCGCUUACGGCCUAAGAUACAUCACAUCACUUUUGAUGGAACACGUAUUUUCCAGCAGCACCAUUAAACAACAGGCAGGGGAGAUCACUGAAUUGCAGAUUCAAAACUCGCAUUGGGGGUGUAAGCUGACCAUGACGUCUUUUGUGUACACUCUACUAGCCAGCACUGUGUGGCUUAGUGUUGAUGCUUCUGUCCUCGUGUGGAUGAUCUGUUGCAACCCGUUGUAUUUUCAAAAACGAAACAACAUUUUCCCUCAUCUUUUAAUAGGAUGGGGUGGACCUUUGUUUAUUGUCAUACCUUGGGUUAGUCUGCGGAGUCUCUUAGAUGAUGAAAUGUGUUGGAUGACGAUCGAUAUAAACAACUAUGAGUCUUGGGAGGCAUGGUUGUUCUUAGGCCCCGUACUUAUUAUUAAUUCGGUAAACAUCGUUUAUUUAUUCCUGAUAGGCAGGUUUGUCAGAAAGAACCACAUGAUGAAGAAAACUAGCAGCAACUCCACAGAACUAUUCAGAAGACAUUACAGUAGGCCAAAAGAACACACCAUUACCACAAUACUAAACACAGCGAGGCUUGUCUGUAUCCUCAUUCCUUUACUUGGAGUCCCUGAUAUUAUCCUCACAAUUUUGUCAUUUUGGCCAAAUAUCCACUACUUGUACGCUGAUAUGAUUUUCAGUUCGUUCCAGGGUUUUAUGUUAGCCGUUAGUCUAUGUUUAUCGGAAAGAAAGGCUGUCCAAGAUUUUAGAAGCAUUGCUUUACCUUGCAGAAAAUUAACAAGGAGGGUGUCCAGAACAUCCUCUACUGGGGAAAACACGAGCGUUAAUACUUAAAAAA